AUGCGGCCACGUUGUCGCCUCGCAGCUGCUUCCCUUUUGACGCUGUUCGUGGUCCUUGGUGGACGCGCUGCAGACGAAUGCGGAACAAGGCCUUUUGUGGAUGACAUAGCCACAGGGACUCGGAUCGUAGGUGGACAUGAUGCUCUGGUUGGGGCAUGGCCAUGGCAAGUUAGUCUUCAAGUUUACCGAUUUGGUGUAGGAUAUCACCAUGUUUGUGGUGGAGCUUUAAUUAAUAACAACACAGUGCUGACAGCAGCACACUGCAUUAAAAAAUGGACGGAUCCAGCUCUUUGGAGGGUUGUAACUGGCUUGCAUCAUAUUUUUCUCCACCAGUCUCAUACUAUAGCUAUCCUGGUCAGAGCUAUCCUGAUCCAUUCUGAUUUCCAGAAGGACACCUAUGAAAAUGAUAUUGCCAUGUUUAAACUUGCAGAUUACAUCAUCUUCAAUGACUAUAUUCAGCCCAUCUGCUUAUUUAAUGCUCCCCGUUUUUUAAUUGACAACAGUGCAUGUUAUAUAACUGGAUGGGGAAGCGCAGAGGAACACGGUAGAGGCAACUAUAUAUUACAAGAAGCUAAAGUCAACGUUAUUCCACUAUAUACCUGUAACAGAUUUGAUUGGUAUGCUGGGUCAGUAGCAUGGAAUAUGAUUUGUGCGGGCUCUGAAAGUGGACAUGUUGAUAGCUGCCAGGGAGACAGCGGUGGACCUCUCUCAUGCAGUUUUUCAAAUGACAGCAAAUAUUAUCUGAUAGGUAUCACCAGCUUUGGUAUUGGCUGUGGCCGACCAAAAUUUCCUGGAAUCUAUGUACGUGUGGGUAAAUACAGAAGUUGGGUAGAUUCAAAUGUUAUUCUAUUUAACAGAACCACAGUGAGCAUUCAGUGUAUUUUCAUCUUUUUGUCUGUGGGAUGGGUAACCUUCCAUCUUAAUCUAUGAAGAGGAAAGCUCUUCUUACAAUGUAGU